UGAUUUUUAACAAACCCGUUACACCUUAUCAUACAGUAGGCCGUACUGUCUGGCAAAAGCUUCGAACGCAAGUAUCUUUCUUCGGUGAGUUUAGAGUCAGUCCAUUUCGAGAACAACCUCCGCCCCCCUGGUCAUGCGAGAUCCCAGUUCUCCCCGCCUUGAAAACGGGACGGAAACGCCGAGGAAAACAACCUUCCUCGAUCAAUUUUCCCUGGACGGACUGUAAAGAUGAAAUCAUAUUGGGAAUAGCCUCGACCAAGAUUACUUUCAUCUGUAUCAUAAAUCAUCAGCAGUCUGCUCAAACCCAUCCCCUCUUGGCCAUUAAGAUGAUGUCCCGCUUUAGGUACAGUGGUGAGACUCCGUGGCAGAGAUGGAGGCAUCCGGCUUGCCCGUGGAACUGUGGCGGCUCAUCCUGGCCUACCUGCCCCUGGCCGACCUGGGCCGAUGCUGCCUGGUGUGCCGGGCGUGGCGCGAGCUGGUCCUGAGCCUAGACAGCACGCGCUGGCGGCAGCUCUGCCUCGGCUGCCCCGAGUGCCGGCACCCGAACUGGCCCCGGCGGCCUCAGCUGGCACCACCCUCCUGGCGGGAGGCGCUGCGGCAGCAUUCGCUGGCCAGUCGCACAUGGACGCAGAACGGUGCCGAACUGCGCUCUUCUGCCUGCCUGCACCUCUUUCGCCGCCGCAAAGACCGGCGGGUGUGGCGUGUGGGCACGCCCGGCUGUGAUCACAUGACGCUGAGGGCAGCGCUGGCGGCAGCCAGGCCGUACGACCGUCUCCUGCUCUUCCCAGGUGUGUACGAGGAGCAAGCAGAGGUCACCCUGAAAGUGCCUGUGGAGAUCGUGGGUAUGGGCAGGCUGGGUGAUGUGGCUCUGCUGGUCAGCUUCGAUCAGCAAUGCCCGACUGCCAGGCUGUGUAAUUUAGUGUUGAUGCCAGCGUGGUUUUCACCAGUGGUGUUUAAGACAUCCUCGGGUCAUGUCCAGCUGGACAACUGUAAUUUUGAAAGCUGCCAGGUGCACGUUAGGGGUCCAGGCACCUGUCAGGCUCGCUUCUGCUCAUUCGCCCAGGGAAGCUCUGCCCAUUUUGUAGGCGUGGCCAUCAGUCUGAUGGACAGCUGUGAGUUCUCUGGUGGUGACUCUGCCUCUGUUACUGUGGAAGGCCCGCCAGUUUCUGAGCGAAACUGGGCUUGCAAACAUUUGGCUGCUUUGGCCAAGUCUUUAACUGCAGCUACCAUGGCAGCAAGCAACGAGUCAACAGCAGAUGUGUCCAAUCAGGACACAACAGACAGUCUUUGUGGAGUCAGUCACAGAGACGUGCCUCUAGGAGACGCUGUCACCAUGGAGGACUGGACUAAACAGGAAGUGGACUGGGAAACCAGCUGGACCAAACAGAAAGCUCCACGUGGAGGUCUUCUCCCGGGCCAGGAGUGCACAGCAAUCGAAGACGACAGCGCAGAUGCAUCAAGCGAGUCCAGCAGCGAGGAAGACAACUGUGACGAACGGCGUGAGGAGCGUGCCCUGGCGUACAAGCAGCAUGGCCUGACGCACCUCGCCGAGCCCCAGCACCCCGGCAUGGGCGGCCUGCCCCCUCUCCGGAGCCUCGCCACCGAGCUGCACAGAGACGCAGAGGCACGGGAGCUAGCGGGCUCCGUGCAUGGCUGUCUGCUGCGCCGUUGUCUGCUGCGAGACGGCAAGGGGGGCGUGCACCUGUGCAACCAUGCUCAUGCCAGGCUGGAGGCCAACGUGUUCCGUGGCCUCCACUAUGCGGUGCGCUGUAUCCAGAAUGCCAAGAUGGUGAUGUUGCGUAACGAGGUGAGCGGCUGCCGAGCGUCUGGUGUUUUCCUUCGUCUCUCUGCCCAAGGCCUCAUAGCUGAGAACAACAUCCACUCAAACGGGGAGGCCGGCCUGGAUAUCCGCAAGGGAGCCAAUCCCAUCAUCCUGUGUAACAGAAUACACAGCGGGCUGCGUUCCGGGAUUGUCGUCCUGGGCAACGGGAAGGGUUCCAUCCGCAGCAACCAGAUCUACGGCAACAAAGAGGCCGGGGUGUACAUUCUUUUCAACGGCAACCCUGUGGUCAGUGGGAACCAUAUCUUCCAAGGUCUUGCUGCUGGCAUUGCCAUUAAUGAGAAUGGAAGGGGGCUGAUCACUGAGAAUAUAAUUAGGCACAAUCAGUGGGGUGGCACUGACAUCCGUCGAGGAGGUGAUCCUAUACUGCGGAACAACUUCAUCUGCCAUGGCUACUCUGAUGGAGUGGUAGUGGGGGAGCGGGGGAGGGGCCUUAUUGAGGGCAACCACAUCUAUGCCAACAGGGGCUGUGGUGUAUGGGUGAUGUCAUCGAGCCUCCCUCAGUUAACUGGGAACUACAUUACCAAUAACCGCAUGUAUGGGCUGGCCGUGUUUUGCCGGAAGGACCCGGAAUCUUCAGGAGGUGGAGACGGCUAUCGCCCCACGCAGGAACGGGAGAGAGGAGGAGGAGGUGGUGGUGGUGGAGGUGAGAGGGAACGGGGAGGCCAGGAGAACUUCCAUGAGGAAGGAGAGCACCUGGCAUGGGAGAGCGACAUGGACAGUGAGGACGAACGCUUCUCAGCUCGCCGGCCAAUCACCGUAGCCCUAGUUGAGAACAACUGCAUGAGCCGCAACGGAGCAGUGGGAGUGUAUGUGAAGAGCAGUGAGGCCCUGAACGUGGUGGGCAACUUGGUGGCCAACAACCGAGCGGCUGGAAUGUCAAUAAUCCAGAGCGCUCAGCUGACCCGGCUGGUCGGCAACUGUGUCCAUGGCAAUGGCAGGGUGGGGGUAACCGUAGCCAAGGAGUGCCGGGUGGAGCUGCGUGGCAACGGCAUCUAUGGUAACAGUUGCCAUGGCAUCUGUUACCGUGGUGAUGGGCAGAUUGUGGAGAAUGACGUGGUUGGAAAUGGUGCAAUCGGGAUACGAGUGAUGGACAGCGCAGAUGUGAAGAUUCUGAGAAACCGUGUUCAGUCUUUGCGGGGCUGUGCCAUUUCUGUGAAAGAACAGGUUCGGGGUGUGGUUCAGGAAAACUUGGUGUACCAAGUCAACAAAAGGCCAACCAUAUACACCGAUCCACUGAACCAAGAGUGUGUUGUAGUCAGUAACACUUUGCUUACCCACACACCAAACACACCCUGGGUUCUGGAGAACCCGCCCCCCCGCCCCCUCGGCAACAACCCAACUAAUGCCAUCUCUUCCGCACGCCCCGCUCACCUAGCCAUUAACAUGACAAACAGAAUUACUGCCACUGUGGAGAGUGGUUGCCAUAGCAAUGGCAGCAUCUUCUGUUCCAUACUUUGAUGGCAGACAACUCACUAUUCUCAUUGUUCCACUGGAGGACUAAAGAUUCCAUCUCACUUGGGGACAGUGGCAUUUAAAGCCAACUAUGUCAAUGUUCUUGGUUUAAAGCACUCAUGGGUGGUGUCCCAAUCCCAAAAUUCCCUUGAAAACUCCUCUUCUUAGUAACUUGUAGCUUUGAGAAGGAUGGAAAUUAUAAACAUUGCAAUAAUAUUGCUUUUGCUUACGGUUGGAUGAGCAAAUCAGCCAUGUUACUUUCACAAGUCAUUAAGACUCAAUCCUCAAGUCAAGUAUAAAACAACUGGGAGAUACUGAUUAGAUGGCCUUCAAAGGAUUAUUUUCUAGAAAUAUAUGCAUCUCAUAAGUAAUUUGCAGGUCCUGCACAGGGAAUGCAUUACUCAAACAACUUUAGUUUAGAAGCAAGUUUGAAAAGGGCUCCAGACUCCCAUCUCUGUGUUCAACCUUAACCCAGUUAUUUCAAUUUGAGUAAACUCAAGCCAAGCUGUGAAUAUAGAAUUAUGAGUCAUACCCAACAGCUCUCAUCUGUUCCACUAGUUCCUCCAUUAAUCCUAACAUCAUUCUCCAAAAAAACUGUCAAAGAUACUGGAUUAUAGAAACUAAUAAGAAAUGCGACCAUCCUCUAUUUAGUUUCUGAAGGGAGGAAAUGAGACUGAAGAAUUGGCUGUCCAGAUGGUGUCUAUUAGCUGUCAUUUGUAUCAUUGAAGUUGUUCUGAAUUCAGUUUGGCACAAAACGAUUUGGCGUGAAUUUGACUGGCUGUUGCUGAUCUUCAAACAGCACGAAAGAGCUGCCUUUAAUUUGUACAUUUUCACUGACCGUAUAAGUAGACCAGCUGACCAACGAUUGACCCAGGACGUCAUAAUUUUAAGUGUAGCAGAGCCAGCAGGCCAUGUUUGUCACACAUUUUGUCUACGAAUACUGCGCUUGAUGCCUGGUGAAUAUAGUUGUAACUUAAUUGAAUGUUUAACAUUUCUCAGUUCCAAUUCUUUGACAUAAAUACAAAUAUAUAUUUUAAUAUGUAUCAAAUGUAAAACAUCUAAUACAAAAUCUAUUUUAUUUGUCACAGUAUAUAGAAUUACUCAUGAGAGUAAUGACAGUGGGAAACGAGACACUGAAUGAUGCCCUGUACAGUUUUUCCCUAUCCUUGCCAAGUAACAGAUGGGGCUGAAUAGAGUAAACAGGUGAGAUGCACCAUGGGAAUUGCAGUUCUGCUCACAGGUAGUGGUAGCGCCCCCAUCUAAGCAACGGACAAAGCAUUGCUACCUUUAGCCAGUCCACUGCCAUAGCAACAGCAUGCUACACCACAGGCUGCACCAUGGCAUGAAAUGCUGUUCAGUCUCAUGCCGGCCCCACUGAGGUUUAUGCUGGUGUGCACAUUUUAAAGGGAUUUUUCUCCUUAAUUGUAACCACUUGCAACCACUCACUAACUAGACGCCAACAGGUUAACACUGAGUGGCAAUGUAAAAGAUCCAUUCUUUACAUAGCUAUGAAAUGAAUGUCAAACUAUCAUUGAAUAUGUUUGAUACUAUUAGAAGCAAUGUGUUCAAAUUGUGAAGUAUUGGCUGAUUAAAGGGCAAGCUAAUGUGUCAAUUUUGGCAACGCAGCUCAAUGGCAUUCAUGCUGCAAUUGCAGCAAAGGUUUUCUAUGCUGAAUUAUUUGUGAAUAAAAUGUUUUGGUUUUUUUGCCAUUUACCCUGAAUAGUGCAAUAUAUGCUGUCUAAAACUGCAUAUUUUUACUGUAUGCCUUCAUUUUUUUUUGUUAUAUAGCAUAAAUAGAAAUUUAUAAAAUAUUUCAAAAUUGGUCUUUGUUUUAGUGCACACACACAACUAAUGUUUUUCAAAAAUAUACAGAAAAUGUUUGAGGUGGAACACUAACAUUCUUUAAGUUUAUACAAUGUCUAUAGGAUUGUAAAUUUCCAGUUAGUUCUGUUUGGUUCCUCACUGUGUAAAUGAAAAGUCAAAUUUUGACAACCAUACAAUGCAGUUUAUACCUUUACUCAUUAGGAUUGUUCUGAGCCAAAACAUAUUUCUUAAAAAAAUGUUUUAUAAAAGAGUCAAAACCUGGAAUUUUAAUAAAAUCCAAAGUCAUUUUA